UGAGCUGCUGACUGGCAAACAGAAACAUGACUGAUACAGAUGGAUCCCAGGCUUCUGGCGCUGAUUGCCCUGAUGACCAAGAGCUAAUCAGCAGUCGGCAGGUAAAACCUCAUAAAAUACAUGCAUGGGAAACAAAUACACAGAUGGAGUGUUCAAGGCAAAGGAAUGCUGCUUCUGAUGAAUCUUCAGAUGAGCUUAACAUACGUAAAUCGUCAGCUGCUUCACCUGAGGUUUUGCUGGACAGCAGUGAUUCAGAAAUUGACGUCUCUGUUGCUGGUGGCAGUGGGUACCAUCCCAAAUGUUCCACUGCCCCUGCAAAGCAAAAAAGGAAAUCUGAGUCUUCAGGGCAACAAGCUGAAGCUGUUACAGGAGUGCCUGACAAUGAAAACUCCUCAGAUUCUUCUCUGUCCCCUCCAAGUCCACCAAAACCAUCAGAAAUUCCAAAGAGGCACAAGUCAAAAUACGAUUUGAAAGCCAUUUUUGACUAUCACUUCCGACGGAAAAAGUUUAAGACUGCUGCACGCCAAAAAUACAUGUAUGGCCCAGAGAAGAAGAGGAAGAAGUCAAAAUAUGUGAGCACACAGAUGCCUGUGGGGAGGCCAGCACUGACUGCCUCACCUCAGGAGCGAAGGAGAAGGCUUCUACACAGAGGUGAUCAGUUCCCUUUUUUUAAAAAAUAUUAUGGGAAGAAACAUACUCCCCUGAAGAUGGUUCUUGGCUAUGAGCAAGCAGCUCUAAAGGGAUAUUUACGGUACAUUGAAAUGCUUAAAUAUGAAGAACAUCUUAAAAAAGCUUUAAAAGAUCUUCAGGCUAGUGAAGACUUGGAAAGAGAAUGUAUGAUGGAACGAAAACACAAAUACUUGGAUGACGAAGGCCCAAUUUCCCCUAUUCAGGAGACAAAUGAUAAUGAUGACAGCUUGAAUUCUGAUAAUCAAGAAGACCAUGAUGUCAGAAUAGUGGAGAACAGCUCUUUUAUUCUAAGCAGCAAAAUCCCCAGUAAGAAAAAAUCAAAGCCAGAAAAGAAAUGUGCAAAAUUAAGUGCUUGAAGUAGAGGAGGAAGAUGACGGCACCUGAGAACUUUGGGCUUCUGUGGGUUUACGUUGGUGAACAGGCAAAUGAGAUGGCAGUGGUCACUCAACGUUGUCACAUGCAGUUUAAGGGAUCUACCUGAGAGAUACUCUAUGGCUUGAAAGACUCAUCCUGGAUCUAGGAGUGGGGUUCUUGCAGGUUCAUGGUGCUUUUGGAGGAGGAAAUGCCACUUGGUUUUCCUGAUGUAAAAGGCUCUGCAGAUUGAGCACAGCAUCUUUUGAGUGCUUCAGUUCUUAUGGCUGUUGGCUGGUUUCUGAUGUACAGCUCUGUUACUUGAGUGGACUCCUGUGGAGCACAUUG